AGCGCCCCCCUCCUCGCUCCGCGGCUCCUCCAGCCCUCCCCUCCUCCCGCAGCCAUGUUCCACGCGCGGGGAGGGGUGGGGGGAGGGGAGAGGCACGGGGAAUCAGGGCGGAGAGAGCCUGCUCUGCCUCGGGGAAGGAGGGGAUGAGAGUUGGGGGGAGCAGCGGGAGGAGGCGGUGGCAGCGGCUAGCGAGGAGACAGCGCUGGGUCCUGCAGUAGGACUCCCGGGAGCCACCAUCAUGGUGAAGAGGAAGAGCUCCGAGGGCCAGGAGCAGGACGGCGGCCGCGGCAUCCCCCUGCCCAUCCAGACCUUCCUGUGGCGGCAAACCAGUGCAUUUUUGAGGCCCAAACUGGGGAAGCAAUAUGAAGCUUCUUGUGUGUCCUUUGAGCGAGUGUUGGUAGAAAACAAGCUGCAUGGCCUCUCUCCAGCUCUCUCUGAAGCCAUCCAGAGCAUUUCCAGAUGGGAACUUGUGCAAGCUGCUUUGCCUCAUGUCCUCCACUGCACUGCAACCCUGCUUUCAAACCGAAACAAGCUAGGCCACCAGGAUAAACUGGGUGUUGCUGAGACAAAGCUCCUUCACACUCUGCACUGGAUGCUUCUGGAAGCCCCCCAGGACUGCAACAAUGAGCGGUUUGGGGGUGCAGACCGAGGUUCCAGCUGGGGUGGCAGCAGCAGCGCUUUCAUCCAUCAGGUUGAAAAUCAGGGUUCUCCAGGGCAGCCUUGCCAAAGCAGCCCUAAUGACGAAGAAGAGAACAACCGAAGGAAGAUCUUCCAGAACUCCAUGGCUACUGUGGAGCUCUUUGUGUUUCUGUUUGCUCCCUUGGUACACAGGAUCAAGGAAUCUGACCUCACCUUCCGCCUGGCCAGUGGGCUUGUUAUAUGGCAGCCCAUGUGGGAACACAGACAGCCUGAAGUCUCUGGCUUUACUGCACUGGUAAAGCCCAUCAGGAACAUCAUCACAGCCAAGAGAAGUUCUCCUAUCAACAGUCAAAGCCGGUCCUGUGAAUCGCCAAAUCAAGACGCAGGACACUUAGAGGGACUCCAGGUGGUUUGUGAAACAUUCCAGUCAGAUUCCAUCUCACCCAAGGCCACCAUUUCGGGCUGCCACCGAGGAAAUUCCUUUGAUGGAAGUCUGUCCUCCCAAACUUCCCAGGAAAGAGGCCCAUCACAUUCCAGGGCCUCUCUCGUGAUACCUCCAUGCCAAAGGUCCCGCUAUGCCACCUACUUUGACGUUGCUGUUCUGCGCUGCCUACUUCAGCCCCAUUGGUCUGAGGAAGGCACUCAGUGGUCUCUGAUGUACUAUCUACAAAGGCUGCGACACAUGUUGGAAGAGAAGCCAGAAAAGCCUCCAGAGCCAGAUAUUCCUCUCCUGCCCAGACCCAGGAGUAGCUCCAUGGUGGCGGCAGCUCCCUCACUAGUGAACACCCACAAAACCCAAGAUCUCACCAUGAAGUGUAAUGAGGAGGAAAAAUCUCUUAGUGCUGAGGCCUUUUCCAAGGUUUCACUGACCAAUCUGCGCAGAUCUGCAGUCCCAGAUCUUUCUUCAGACCUGGGCAUGAAUAUUUUUAAAAAGUUCAAGAGUCGCAAAGAAGACCGAGAGAGGAAAGGCUCCAUUCCGUUCCACCACACGGGCAAGAGGAGGCCACGGAGAAUGGGAGUGCCCUUCCUGCUUCACGAGGACCACCUGGAUGUGUCCCCCACGCGCAGCACAUUCUCCUUUGGAAGUUUCUCUGGUCUGGGAGAAGACAGGCGAGGAAUUGAGAAAGGAGGCUGGCAAACCACCAUUUUAGGGAAAUUGACCCGGCGAGGCAGUUCAGAUGCAGCCACUGAGAUGGAGAGUCUGAGUGCCAGGCACUCCCACUCCCAUCACACCCUGUUAAGCGACCUGCCGGACCCCUCCAACAGCCAUGGAGAAAACACCGUCAAGGAAGUGCGAUCUCAGAUCUCCACCAUCACAGUUGCGACCUUCAAUACCACGUUGGCAUCAUUCAAUGUAGGCUACGCAGACUUUUUCAGUGAGCAUAUGAGGAAACUCUGCAACCAAGUGCCUAUCCCAGAGAUGCCACAUGAACCUCUGGCAUGCGCAAACCUGCCUCGAAGCCUCACAGACUCCUGCAUAAACUACAGCUAUCUAGAGGACACAGAACAUAUUGAUGGGACCAAUAACUUUGUCCACAAGAAUGGAAUGCUUGAUCUUUCUGUAGUUCUGAAGGCUGUUUAUCUUGUCCUUAAUCAUGACAUCAGCUCUCGCAUCUGUGAUGUGGCAUUAAACAUUGUGGAAUGCUUGCUUCAACUUGGUGUGGUGCCCUGUGUAGAAAAGAAUAGAAAGAAGAGUGAAAACAAGGAAAAUGAGACUUUGGAAAAGAGGCCAAGUGAGGGAGCUUUCCAAUUCAAAGGAGUGUCUGGAAGUUCCACCUGUGGAUUUGGGGGCCCUGCAGUUAGUGGAGCUGGAGAUGGUGGAGGAGAAGAAGGAGGAGGUGGAGAUGGAGGAGGUGGAGGAGGUGAUGGAGGAGGAGGUGGAGGAGGUGGAAGUGGCCCUUAUGAGAAGAAUGAUAAGAACCAAGAGAAGGAUGAAAGUACACCUGUAAGCAACCAUAGGCUUGCUCUAACAAUGCUCAUCAAAAUAGUGAAGUCUUUGGGAUGUGCCUAUGGUUGCGGAGAAGGACACCGAGGGCUCUCUGGAGAUCGUCUGAGACACCAGGUAUUCCGAGAGAAUGCCCAGAACUGCCUCACUAAGCUAUACAAGCUAGAUAAGAUGCAGUUCCGACAAACCAUGAGGGACUAUGUGAACAAGGACUCUCUCAAUAAUGUAGUGGACUUCUUGCAUGCUUUGCUAGGAUUUUGUAUGGAGCCAGUCACUGACAACAAGGCUGGGUUUGGAAAUAACUUCACCACAGUGGACAACAAAUCCACAGCCCAAAAUGUGGAAGGCAUUAUCGUCAGUGCCAUGUUUAAAUCUCUCAUCACACGCUGCGCUUCAACCACACAUGAAUUGCACAGCCCUGAGAAUCUGGGGCUGUAUUGUGACAUCCGUCAGCUGGUCCAGUUUAUCAAGGAGGCUCACGGGAAUGUCUUCAGGAGAGUAGCCCUUAGUGCUUUGCUUGACAGUGCCGAGAAGUUAGCACCAGGGAAAAAGGCGGAGGAGAAUGAACAGGAAUCUAAGCCUGCAGGCAGUAAAAGGUCAGAGGCAGGAAGUGUUGUGGAUAAAGGCCAGGUAUCUUCUGCACCUGAGGAAUGUCGCAGCUUCAUGUCCGGUCGCCCCUCACAGACUCCAGAGCACGAUGAGCAGAUGCAAGGGGCCAACCUGGGGAGGAAAGAUUUCUGGCGUAAGAUGUUCAAGUCCCAGAGUGCAGCAAGUGACACCAGCAGCCAGUCUGAGCAGGACACUUCAGAAUGCACCACUGCCCACUCAGGGACCACCUCUGACCGACGCGCCCGCUCACGAUCACGCAGAAUUUCCCUCCGGAAGAAGCUUAAACUCCCCAUAGGUAAAAGGAACUGGCUGAAAAGAUCAUCCCUCUCAGGCCUGGCAGAUGGUGUGGAGGACCUCUUGGACAUCAGUUCUGUGGACCGACUCUCUUUCAUCAGGCAAAGCUCCAAGGUCAAAUUCACCAGUGCUGUGAAGCUUUCUGAAGGUGGGCCAGGAAGUGGAAUGGAAAAUGGAAGAGAUGAAGAGGAAAAUUUCUUCAAGCGUCUUGGUUGCCACAGUUUUGAUGAUCAUCUCUCUCCCAACCAAGAUGGUGGAAAAAGCAAAAACGUGGUGAAUCUUGGCGCAAUCCGACAAGGCAUGAAACGCUUCCAGUUUCUGUUAAACUGCUGUGAGCCGGGGACAAUUCCUGAUGCCUCCAUCCUAGCAGCUGCCUUGGAUCUAGAAGCGCCUGUGGUGGCCAGAGCAGCCUUAUUCCUGGAAUGUGCUCGUUUUGUUCACCGCUGCAACCGUGGCAACUGGCCAGAGUGGAUGAAAGGGCACCAUGUGAACAUCACCAAGAAAGGCCUUUCCAGGGGACGCUCUCCCAUUGUGGGCAACAAGCGAAACCAGAAGCUGCAGUGGAAUGCGGCCAAGCUCUUCUACCAAUGGGGAGAUGCAAUUGGCGUCCGAUUGAAUGAGCUGUGCCAUGGGGAAAGUGAGAGCCCAGCCAACUUGCUGGGCCUCAUUUACGACGAAGAGACCAAGAGGAGACUUAGAAAGGAGGAUGAGGAGGAAGACUUUUUAGAUGACAGUACUGUGAACCCCUCUAAAUGUGGUUGCCCCUUUGCCUUGAAGAUGGCAGCAUGUCAGCUUCUUCUGGAGAUUACCACCUUCCUGCGAGAGACCUUUUCUUGUCUGCCCAGACCUCGCACUGAGCCUCUGGUGGACUUGGAAAGCUGCAGACUUCGUUUGGACCCCGAGUUGGACCGGCACAGAUAUGAGAGGAAGAUCAGCUUUGCUGGGGUCCUGGAUGAAAAUGAAGAUUCAAAAGAUUCUCUCCACAGCAGCAGCCACACUCUCAAAUCAGAUGCAGGAGUCGAGGAGAAGAAAGAAGGGAGUCCUUGGAGUGCAAGCGAGCCCAGCAUUGAGCCCGAGGGAAUGAGUAAUGCCGGUGUGGAGGAGAAUUACCACAGAAACAUGUCAUGGCUUCAUGUCAUGAUCUUGCUGUGCAAUCAGCAGAGUUUCAUCUGCACUCAUGUUGACUACUGCCAUCCUCACUGCUACCUGCAUCACAGCCGCUCUUGUGCCCGACUGGUCAGAGCCAUCAAACUGCUCUAUGGAGACAGUGUGGACUCCCUGCGGGAAAGCAGCAACAUCAGCAACGUGGCUCUCCGGGGCAAGAAACAGAAAGAAUGCUCAGAUAAGUCAUGCCUGAGGACACCUUCUCUAAAGAAGAGAGUUUCAGAUGCCAAUCUGGAAGGAAAAAAAGAUUCCGGAAUGCUGAAGUACAUCAGACUUCAGGUGAUGAGCUUGUCGCCUGCUCCCUUAUCUCUGUUAAUCAAGGCAGCACCAAUUCUGACAGAGGAGAUGUAUGGAGACAUCCAGCCAGCUGCCUGGGAGCUCCUGCUCAGCAUGGAUGAGCACAUGGCAGGGGCAGCAGCUGCCAUGUUCCUGCUGUGUGCAGUGAAGGUGCCUGAGGCCGUGUCCGACAUGCUGAUGUCAGAGUUCCACCACCCGGAGACUGUGCAGAGGCUAAAUGCUGUCCUCAAGUUCCACACGCUCUGGAGGUUUCGCUAUCAAGUCUGGCCCCGAAUGGAGGAAGGAGCACAGCAGAUUUUUAAGAUUCCGCCUCCCAGUAUCAAUUUCACCCUGCCCUCACCGGUGCUUGGAAUGCCAUCCGUCCCAAUGUUUGACCCUCCAUGGGUUCCUCAGUGCAGCGGGAGUGUCCAGGACCCCAUUAAUGAAGACCAGUCUAAAUCAUUUUCAGCCCGGGCUGUGUCCCGCUCCCAUCAAAGGGCAGAACACAUCUUAAAGAACUUGCAGCAGGAGGAAGAAAAGAAACGUCUUGGUCGAGAAGCCAGUCUCAUUACCGCCAUCCCCAUCACCCAGGAGGCUUGCUAUGAGCCCACAUGCACGCCCAACUCAGAGCCGGAAGAAGAAGUAGAAGACGUCAGCAAUCUGGCCUCCCGCAGACUGUCUGUGAGUCCGUCCUGCACCUCCAGCACUUCCCACCGGAAUUACUCCUUCCGCCGAGGGUCAGUCUGGUCAGUGCGUUCAGCUGUCAGUGCUGAAGAUGAGGAGCAUACCACUGAACACACACCAAACCACCAUGUGCCUCAGCCCCCACAAGCAGUGUUCCCAGCAUGCAUCUGUGCAGCAGUACUUCCCAUUGUUCAUCUGAUGGAGGAUGGUGAGGUGCGGGAAGAUGGAGUAGCAGUGAGUGCUGUGGCUCAACAAGUCUUAUGGAACUGUCUAAUUGAAGAUCCAUCAACAGUUCUUCGACACUUUCUGGAAAAACUGACCAUCAGCAAUAGACAAGAUGAGUUAAUGUACAUGCUGCGCAAACUUCUCUUGAAUAUUGGAGACUUUCCUGCUCAGACAUCUCACAUCCUAUUCAACUAUUUGGUAGGAUUAAUCAUGUACUUUGUGCGGACACCCUGUGAGUGGGGGAUGGAUGCCAUUUCAGCCACCCUGACAUUCCUGUGGGAAGUGGUGGGUUACGUGGAGGGCCUCUUCUUCAAAGAUCUCAAGCAGACAAUGAAGAAGGAGCAGUGCGAGGUGAAGCUCCUGGUGACUGCUUCAAUGCCAGGUACCAAAACCUUGGUAGUUCAUGGACAGAAUGAGUGUGAUAUUCCAACCCAGUUACCAGUGCAUGAAGACACUCAAUUUGAAGCCCUAUUGAAGGAGUGUCUGGAGUUUUUUAAUAUCCCAGAAUCCCAGUCAACACAUUAUUUUCUUAUGGAUAAACGAUGGAACCUUAUCCACUACAAUAAGACCUAUGUUCGAGAUAUCUAUCCUUUCCGGAGGUCAGUAUCUCCCCAGCUGAACCUUGUACAUAUGCAUCCAGAGAAGGGACAGGAGCUCAUUCAGAAACAGGUGUUCACUCGGAAGCUGGAGGAAGUAGGGCGGGUGUUGUUUCUCAUCUCCCUAACCCAGAAGAUACCCACAGCCCACAAACAGUCCCACGUCUCCAUGCUUCAAGAAGACCUCCUCCGCCUGCCCUCUUUCCCUCGAAGUGCGAUUGAUGCUGAGUUUUCACUCUUCAGUGAUCCUCAAGCUGGAAAGGAACUGUUUGGCCUCGACACUCUUCAGAAAAGCUUGUGGAUCCAGCUCCUGGAGGAAAUGUUCCUGGGCAUGCCAAGCGAGUUUCCAUGGGGAGACGAAAUCAUGCUUUUCCUCAAUGUUUUUAAUGGGGCUCUGAUCCUCCAUCCAGAAGACAGUGCCCUGCUUAGGCAGUACGCUGCCACUGUCAUCAACACCGCGGUGCACUUCAACCACCUCUUCUCUCUCAGCGGCUACCAGUGGAUCCUCCCCACUAUGCUGCAGGUGUACUCCGACUAUGAAAGCAACCCCCAGUUGCGUCAAGCCAUCGAGUUCGCCUGUCAUCAGUUUUACAUUCUACACCGGAAGCCCUUUGUGCUCCAGCUGUUUGCCAGUGUGGCCCCUCUCCUGGAAUUUCCAGAUGCUGCUAAUAACGGACCCAGCAAAGGUGUGUCAGCUCAGUGCCUGUUUGACUUGCUGCAGUCCCUAGAGGGAGAGACCACUGACAUAUUAGACAUCUUAGAGCUGGUCAAAGCUGAGAAGCCUCUUAAGUCAUUAGAUUUCUGUUAUGGAAAUGAAGAUCUGACAUUUUCUAUCAGUGAGGCCAUUAAGCUCUGUGUCACUGUGGUGGCGUAUGCUCCCGAAUCAUUCAGAAGUCUUCAGAUGCUGAUGGUCUUGGAAGCCUUAGUUCCGUGUUACCUACAAAAGCUAAAGAGGCAGACAUCACAGGUGGAGACAGUACCUGCUGCCCGAGAGGAGAUUGCGGCCACAGCUGCUCUUGCAACGUCCCUACAGGCCCUUUUAUACAGUGUAGAGGUCCUCACCAGGCCCAUGACAGCCCCACAGAUGAGCAGGUGUGACCAAGGUCAUAAGGGAACCACCACAGCCAAUCACACCAUGUCGUCUGGGGUGAACACCAGGUACCAGGAACAAGGAGCCAAACUGCACUUUAUCAGGGAAAACCUUCAUUUACUGGAGGAAGGGCAAGGCCUUCCCAGAGAGGAACUGGAUGAACGCAUUGCUCGAGAAGAGUUCAGAAGACCCCGGGAGUCCUUACUGAAUAUUUGCACAGAGUUCUAUAAGCACUGUGGACCGCGGCUGAAGAUCUUGCAAAAUCUGGCUGGGGAGCCACGAGUCACUGCCCUGGAGCUGCUGGAUGUGAAGUCUCACAUGAGGUUGGCAGAAAUUGCACACUCCCUUCUGAAGCUGGCACCAUAUGACACCCAGACAAUGGAGAGUCGUGGGCUUCGGCGCUACAUCAUGGAGAUGCUACCCAUUACUGACUGGACAGCUGAGGCAGUGAGGCCAGCCCUCAUCCUCAUUUUAAAAAGAUUGGAUAGAAUGUUCAACAAAAUUCAUAAGAUGCCUACUUUGAGGCGACAGGUUGAGUGGGAGCCUGCCAGCAAUUUGAUUGAAGGGGUUUGUUUGACACUUCAGAGGCAGCCAAUCAUAUCCUUCCUGCCUCACCUUAGGUCACUGAUCAAUGUCUGUGUCAAUCUGGUGAUGGGAGUGGUAGGACCUUCCAGUGUUGCUGAUGGAUUACCCCUUCUUCAUCUCAGCCCUUAUCUCUCACCACCUCUGCCCUUCAGCACAGCUGUUGUCCGGCUUGUAGCAUUGCAGAUACAGGCUUUAAAAGAAGAUUUUCCUUUAAGCCAUGUGAUCUCCCCAUUCACCAAUCAAGAGCGAAGGGAGGGGAUGCUUUUAAAUCUGCUCAUCCCAUUUGUGCUCACAGUAGGAUCUGGAAGCAAAGAUAGCCCAUGGUUGGAGCAGCCUGAGGUGCAGCUACUGCUGCAGACGGUCAUCAAUGUGCUCCUGCCACCGCGGAUCAUCAGCACAUCCAGGAGUAAGAACUUCAUGUUGGAGAGCUCCCCCGCUCACUGCUCCACCCCUGGGGAUGCAGGGAAAGACUUGCGCAGGGAAGGGCUGGCUGAAUCCACCAGCCAAGCAGCAUACUUGGCACUGAAGGUGAUUCUCGUCUGCUUUGAGAGGCAGCUCGGAAGCCAGUGGUACUGGCUGAGCCUCCAGGUGAAGGAGAUGGCUCUGCGGAAGGUGGGAGGCCUGGCCCUUUGGGACUUCCUCGACUUCAUCGUGCGGACCCGAAUACCCAUCUUUGUGCUUUUGCGCCCUUUCAUCCAGUGCAAGCUGCUGGCCCAGCCAGCAGAGAAUCAUGAAGAGCUUUCCGCCCGGCAGCAUAUUGCCGACCAGCUGGAGCGGCGCUUCAUACCACGACCUUUGUGUAAGAGCUCACUCAUCGCUGAGUUCAACAAUGAACUAAAAAUUCUCAAAGAGGCAGUUCAUAGUGGAUCAGCCUACCAAGGCAAGACAUCCAUCAGUACCGUGGGCACCUCCACCUCUGCUUACCGCCUGAGCUUGGCCACCAUGUCCCGCUCUAACACGGGCACGGGCACCGUCUGGGAGCAGGACAGUGAGCCAUCCCAGCAGGCUUCGCAGGACACCCUGAGUCGGACUGAUGAGGAAGAUGAGGAAAAUGACUCUGUAAGCAUGCCCAGCGUGGUAAGUGAACAAGAAGCUUACCUCCUGAGUGCCAUUGGAAGGAGGCGAUUCUCCAGCCAUGUCUCCAGCAUGUCUGCACCUCAGGCUGAGGUGGGCAUGCUACCCAGCCAGAGUGAACCUAAUGUCCUCGAUGACUCCCAGGGCCUGGCCGCCGAGGGUAGCCUCUCUAGGGUGGCAAGUAUACAAAGUGAACCUGGUCAACAGAACCUCCUCGUUCAGCAGCCACUGGGGAGGAAGAGGGGCCUGAGGCAGCUAAGACGUCCUCUACUAUCACGUCAGAAAACUCAGACUGAACCCAAAAAUCGCCAAGGGGCUCGACUGUCAACCACUCGCAGGAGCAUUCAACCUAAAACGAAGCCGUCUGUGGACCAGAAACGGUCUGUGACCUUUAUUGAGGCUCAGCCAGAGCCAGCAGCUGUCCCAACAGAUGCACUUCCUGCCACAGGCCAACUACAGGGCUGCAGCCCAGUCCCAUCUAGGAAACCAGAGGCAGUGGACGAACCAGUCCUCACAUCUUCUCCUGCCAUAAUUGUUGCGGAUCUCCACAGCCUGUCUCCCAAGCAGAGCGAGAACUUUUCAACUGAAGAAAGAGAAAAGAAAGAGGAAACAGAAGCACAAAGUGCUACUGCACACAGUCCACCCUCUACCCAACUCUCUGACCCUGAUGACUUCACGGGCCUCGAGACAUCCAGCCUCCUACAGCAUGGAGACACUGUCCUUCACAUCAGUGAGGAAAAUGGCAUGGAGAACCCCCUACUGUCUAGCCAGUUCACCUUUACUCCCACUGAGCUGGGGAAAAUGGAUGAAGUCUUAGAUGAGUCUCAUGUUUAAUUCUGUAUAUUGUAAGCUCUGCAGGUAUACAGAAGACAUGAAAGUGAUCUCUAUACUACAAGUUCAACACUUUUGCUUAAAAAAGAUUAAUUACAAAAUAGCACUUUAUUUCUAAUGGGUAGCACAAAUCUGAAUAGAUUUUGCUGCCAAUACACAUAAUGUUUCAUAAACAUCUUAAAAGUCAAUGGCUAAAAGGAUUUAGUUGUGCGAAAAUCAUAAAACCAGGGAGGAAUAAGGGGAAAGAGCCAUUUCACUGCACAUUGUUUAUGAUUCAAGAAGCCUUCAGCAGUUAAAAAAUAUAUACUAUUCAGUGCUGCUUUCAUAGAAAUAUUAACAAAUAAUAUGGCCUAAAAAUAGAAUGCAAUUUUUUGAGAUUACUCACAUUAUACAUCUCAUGCAAAUAUUUAUUUUUAUAGUUUUAAAAAUAUUAAUUCAGGUUGGCUAUACAAGUAGCAAUUUACAUAAAAAAUAAUUAAUAAGAAAAAUAUUUACUUUGGGGAUACUAAAUAACAAGCCUACAGCCAUUUUUGUUUUGAUUAACAAUACAGCCAUUUAGAAGAAGAAAAAAAAUACUAUAUAUAGAGCUGUGGACUUUUAGAUAUUUAUUUUUCAACUGUCAUUUUCAUUGCAUGUUGUAGAUCGAAAUGCAGAUGUCAUAAUCAUCCAAUUUCAUAAUCUAUCGUGUUAGAGAAUAUUCUAGAAAUCAUCAGAAAUAACUCUGAAUUAAGAACCUAAAUAGCCUAUACAAUUAUAAAACCUAAAUGUAAAUAUAAUCAUUUAAAAGAGAUGGUAUUCCUAUUCCUAGCCCUGACUACAUUAAUGCCAAGAUUAGAAACUAUUGGGAAAUGUGUUUAAUACUUUUCCUUACCGUAUCCUGUGCCUGCCCUUGAGGGCGUAUUUUCAGAUAUUAAGGUUAGUGUUGUUAGAAUCAGUUUAAUAACAUUUUCUCAAUAGAGACAAUAUUCGUAUGAUACUUGGAACAUCUAAGUUUAAAAGAAAAAAUGUAUAAAGUAAACAAUUUCUUCAUAGACACCUCCAGUUCAUAUAUUUUACAAAUAGGCCUUUAACUUGAAGUUCAGUUACUUCAAGAAAAGUGUAACACUUAGAAGGCUUGUAAGGUCAACACCUAGUGUAUUACUGAUCUUGUCACGGGGCUGUACAUCAUGUGGUUCACAAAGAAUUUCACAAUUUUAACAAUUUACAUUAGAAAACUGUUACUUAACAACUAGGCAUAUACAAACUCAUAUACAUACUUAAAUUGGUAUGGUGGUAUAGGUGUGCUUGCGCGUGUGUGUGUAUGUGUUUUAGUCCUCAAGAUGAAGUCAACUAUAGACUUUGAUUACCCUGCAAUGAAUUUAAAACACAUUCUGUAUGCUUAAACUUUGAGUGUGUUGACUAUGAAAUGUAUAUGUACAUAAAGAGGAUACCUACUAAACCCACUUUAAUCAUAAAGGAAAAUUAUUUUUUGUUAGAAUUGCUUAUUAAAUAGGCAUUGUUUAUAUUGUGGUUUAUAAUUUCAAAUAUAAUUUGGGGUUAUGGUCCUAUCACUAAAAGAAUGAAAGAUAUCCAUGAGUUAAAAAGAACAAAACUAAAAAUUUCAAAUCUAACAAUUCAGAAAAUUGAGGCAGUAAAUGACCUCCUUUGUGUUUUACAAUAUUUUCAUGUUAUUUACAGUUAAAGCUGAAAUAUUUCUCAAGUGCAGGAAUAUAAAUGUUAAGUGGUUUUAUGAUUCCAAGCUGAUAUAUUUCACCUGUUAAAAAUUAUGCUGCUCAAUUAGCAUUAGAGGCCUUAUGUUUGGUAAUUACAAGUGUCUGGGCUAUGUGAGUCUCUACAUAUGUGUGUGCUUUAUUCCAGUUUCUUGAUUCAAAUUAUCUAUGUAUAAUUGUAUGAAAUAUUUAAAUAGCAAAGACGUCAAAGAAGAUUGUUAAAUAUCCAACAAGAAUCCUAAAUAUCCUUACAUAUAUUUAAAAAGUAUUGGGCUGUUUUGAACAUGAUUAUGCUGGUCUGUCUGCCUUUUUAGCCUGACUCCUUCACUCUUGUGUAUGGACGUCUAUUAGAAACUUUCAAUAAGCUAAGCAAUGUUGUAGCUUGCAAAAAAGCCUCCACUCUGAGAAACAGGGCCUUAUAGAGUAGGAAUGUUUUCAUACUGGAACUACUGAAAUUUUGCAGAUGUAUGCAUCUGUUUCAUUUAAGGUGCCCUUAAAUGUGUUGAAUGUAAUGUGUUGAAUGUUUAUGUGUAAUGGCUAAAGUAUCUAUAUGUGUGUGCAUAAAACUGUCACAAGAUGUAUUCUCAGGAAUACUGUUACCUGGAGUUUGAAAGGAAUAACUAUUAAAAAAAAAGUUGGGGAAGAUUAAAAAAAGUUCAAGAUAAAUGUUCAAAAUAUUACUAAGUAUAUGACUAAAAGCUAAUUACUACAUAUGAUAAAUACAGUGUUGGUAAUAGUAGAUAAUUUCUUAAGCCAUGAUGCUUAAUGAUAUUUAUCUUAUUCAGAGGAAAAAUAAAAAAAGGUACCCACUUCCCACAUAGAAAAAAAUUAAGACUCAACAAAGAGGUUGCUUCUUCUGAAAUUAACUUUUGAGAGACCUUGGAAUAAAUCAUGUAUUAUCCAUGAUAGUAUGACUCAGAUCCAAUUAAAACAGUUUAAAUCCUGGAUGUAGGAUCUCCUACAGCAAAACAUUUUAAUUUCAUUUUUCAGUAUUUGCUGCUUUCUAGAAUUCUAUUAGAUAAGCUAUUUCAUUUUUCUGAAAAGGAAACUGAGUUAUCGAGUGCAUUGAGACAAGGCACUGAGAACUACAGUGUCAAAAUCAAAAGGCAUAAAUGGGCAUGGCAGUGCUGGUAGAAAACUCUAUGGUACUGGUGAUCUGGUUAGGGCCUGUUGCACAGGCUGGGAGUAACUGGUUUGCUGUUUCAAGCCUCCAAGAGUACCUUACACAGGUGAUAGUUCCUUUCUUUUUUAGCAUUAUAUUCCUUUAGUCAACAAAGAACUUUCUCCACUCUGCUGCCCAGCUCUGAGAGUAUCUGAGAUAAGAAUAGGGUGUGUGUAAGGACCUUUAGGGAAGAAAGGGUCAUAAAUGAAUAGAAUUACAGUCCAAAACAUGAAUUAAAUAUCCUUCCUCCAGUUAUAAAGGAUACUUUAAUAGAAAACAGUCUCCAGAAUUUGCUGCUAUCACACCAAGUCAUGCUGUUGCCCUGUGACCUUACACUUCCAAUUCCAUGGCCUUGUCUUGGCAGUGAGUAAAAAGUCCCACUUCAGUUACUUUAGUGGGUCUCAACUGCAGCAUUUCAGAAACAAAUUUUGAUUUGACACUCAGGAGAAUAAAAACAAGUUGAGGGCAGAAUGUAUUUGGAAAAGCUUAAGACAAAUUUACUUAUAUUGUUUUAGGAUCAUUUAGGAUUACACAUCAAUUUACCUCCAUAAAUCUUUGAAUCGUCACUGUGACCACAGGAUGAAAAUCCUUUAUUAGCCAUUUUAUAGGUAAAAACAAAAGAUUGACUACACAGCCGACUUCCCUCAGAUAACUAUAAAGUCUGUUAUGAAUACUGAAUGACCAAAGAACAUGGAAAAAAUACAUAUGAAUAAAUACUGAAAUGUUUAUGAAAGAUAUUUAUGAAAGAUAUUAAGACUUCUGUGUUUAGGUAUGGACAUAUAAUAAAAUAAGUCUAAAAAUAUU